CCUUAUCCUCAAAGCUAAGCACAGAUAGCUUUUCACUACCAAGCAUUUUCAGGUCGGCAUGCCUCCAAAAGAUUUGUGAGUGGGCGACAACAUAGCAAUACAGCACGACUCCAGGACGCCACGCAUGCUCAGAGUUGUGGACCAUGAGCACGCUGAGUUCAGAGUCAUUUCUCAGUGUCAUCUGAAAGGCUGGAGACUUGGCGAACCACGAGCAAACACCCAAACCACAUGCACACCAAAAACUGUGGGAACAGCGAGCCGAUGACUUUGUGUUAGCAUAGCCAUGGGGACCCGCCUGUCUUCAACUGCAUUGCUUUCUCGAGGAGGCAUGAAACCACAUUUCGUCUAUACCUCUCGAUAUUGCGUCAUUCCUCGAUCUACCUUUGCUCUUACUCUUCCACAACACAGUUCACCAGCAAUACUACCACAAUCCCCCAGCGUGUCAUGCCGUCAUCUUCGAGGGCUUAUGCAUAUCCACCUAACCCGCAUCCGACUCACACCCUCCAUGUUCCGCAAACCCACUCUGCGCCCCGCAAACCACUCAAUUACAGCAUCCACAGUGGACGGUUCGAUGUUCUGCACCUGCUCUGCAAACGCAGGACAGCCCAGGAACGUGCAGUACUCGACAAUGCGACGAGCAGCCUCAAGCCUGCUUGCCGGGUCCGUCAAAUGUCAAAUGCAGGACCUCCACGUCGCGACGCGAGGAACUGAAAUGGUUUGCGGCUUUGAUCGUACUCAAGAGUCUCUUAUUUGCGUGUCCGGACGCAGUUCACGCCCAGGACAUUCAAUAUACAUCUACGUUUGCUCCCCCAACACAUGCUCAAACCAAUUUCAUACACAAGCCCAGACCACAUUCCCCCAGCACCAUGCCCCGCCCCCGCGCGCCCAGCACCAACGCCCCGAAACCCUCCUUCCCCAUCCCAGCGCCCCUAAACAUCGCAACAAGCGAAUAUUACCGCAUCUCGACCCUCGAUGUGCACGACGCCGACGUCGACUUCCCCGACUCCAAGACCCCUUCGCCGCAGAACGCACGGCAGCAAAACCCGCGCCCCGGCGAGGUGGUGGAGAGCCAGGACAUGUACGAUUUUGUGGAAGUGCGCAGGGCGCGUGUGGAGCCGCACAGUCCGACGCCGUCUGAGAUCGUGCUGAGCGGCGAUUUGCGCGAUGUAGUUGAGCUGAGCGCGCUGAAUCAGGGGAUGCGCGAGCGCGGCGCACCGAGGGGCGCAAGGAAGAAAGACUUACUAGAACUGCAGAGCCGGUCGGUUGGGGAGCGGGAGCGGGAGCGAGUGGCCAAGGAAGCAGGGAGGGUGAAGCUGGAAGACUUGGAGCGAGAGUACGAGGAGACACAACGUAGAGGCCGCGAGAAAGUCUGAGCGCUAGGUAAGUCCGUCUAGUUUGCUGUCGUGGUAAGAUGUCGAUUUAAGCUACCUACUGUACACUUUGUGCAAAGGUUG